AUGUCCUGCUCCAGCCUGUGUGCCCCUUCCUGUGGGAUGGCCGCCCCAUGCCCCCUGGCUGACACCACCAACGAGCCCUGCGUGCGUCAGUGCCAGAGCUCCUCGGUGGUGAUCCAGCCCCCAGCCACGGUGGUCACCUUGCCCGGACCCAUCCUCAGCUCCUUCCCGCAGCACAGCGUUGUGGGCUCAGCGGGAGUCCCUGCCAUUGCUGGGGGCUCCGGUGGCAGUUAUGGAGGCCGUGGUGGUUAUGGUGGCUCUGGUGGCUACGGAGGCCUUGGUGGCUAUGGGGGCUAUGGAGGCUACGGUAGCUGUGGAGGAUAUGGUGGCUAUGGAGGCUAUGGCGACUGUGGUGGCUAUGGAGGCUUUGGAGGCUUUGGCAGCUGCAGAGGCUCUGGGGGCUGUGGAUAUGGUGGCUGGGGCUGA